AUGAUAACUAAAGGUGUAGGGAAGAUGAGGAUAGAGAACGAAACCCUAGCCGCAACACACAGUGAAGAGUAUGAUCAGCUUUUGAAGACAUCUCAUGCUUUCAAUGUCUUAGACUCUAGAGGAUUUGUUGGGGUAACAGAACGUGCCCGCUAUUUCGGUCGUAUGCGUAGUUUAGCCCGUCAAUGUGCUCAACUAUGGUUGAAGACAAGAGAAUCUCUUGGGCACCCCUUGGGUGUUGCUUCUCAUCCUGAUCACCUUGGCUUUCAGAAAGAAGACAUGGUGGAACUGAAGAAAAAGGUUUCUACAGAACCUCGGACUUUUAUCCUGGAAAUUGGGACGGAGGAGCUACCCCCAAAUGAUGUGGUUAAUGCUUGCAAUCAAGUACUUAAGUUUCUGUCAUAA